AUGGCUGACCUCGCUCGCGAAGAGGCCGACCGUUACUUCUCUUCCCGGGACCGUACGACUUCCCACCCAGAAGACCAGAACGACCGAUCGUCAGACUCCUCCGAACACGAACCCAAGGCGGCCUUUGACGAAUAUCACUCAGAUCCAGGCACGGACGACGACGAAGAUAGCCGCGACAACAUGGCUACCAUGACCACCACCAGGAGUACCUAUCACAUUCCCACACAGACACACUACGCCAACACGGGGCCCAAAGGUGUGAUUGCCGAUGCUCAAUCGUUCGCUCGUGCCAAACAGACUACCUUUCGUCAACGCCUCGUCAGUUUCGCGGGCAAUCUCACUUCUAGCAAAUCCGUCCCGACUCUGACGGAAAAGGCGGAGAAGAGAAAGACCAUCUCGGGGUCGCCCAAGUCUACCUCCUCUGACUCGGACCAUCUCCACCUCUCCGACGACGAAGCAGACUCGGACUUCAUGCAAACCUGGCGAGCAAGCCGUCUACAAGAGCUGGCGUCGCAAUCGCACACCGGGAUGCCCCCACAGAGGAGGCAAUCGCCCAGCCGACGCACCUGGGGCACGUUCGCCCAAGUCGACGCCAACGGCUACCUCGACGCUGUAGAAAAGGUGCCCGAUGACACGGUCGUAGUGGUGAUGAUUUACGACCCUUCAUCGUCUGCUAGCGCGGAGGUCGAGGACGAGCUGUCCAUGUUGGCGUACAAGCACAACAAGACCCGUUUUGUGCGGUUACACCACGACAUCGCAGAGAUGCAGUCGAUCGAGGUUCCCGCCUUGUUGGCUUACAAGGCUGGAGACGUUUUUGCUACAAUACCAGGCGUCAAGGCCGAAGGCUUGGAAGGUGUGUUAUUGAGGUAA